AUGGACUCUGAUAAGAACGCAAUCCUUUGCCAUUCGUGCACGGGGGAUGUGCUCGACGAGUUUGUUUCCUGCCAGGGGUUCUGUAACGCGGUAUUCCAUCUGCAGUGCAGCGGUGUCAAACCAGAGCUGUUGAAGGAGAUUGCCUCGCACCGCCAAAUUUUCUGGCUCUGCAGAUCCUGCACCACCCUCAUGUCGGACCUCCGUCAUCGCCGCUCAAUUCAAUGUGCGUUCGAGGCUGGGCAGGAACUAUCGUUGAGUCACCACAACCGCAUCGUCGAGCAGCUCAAAACGGAAAUCAUGUCGGAGUUGAAAACUGAGCUGAGCGCAAACUUUGCCAAGCUAAUUGCGUCAAACUCUUUGACUCCCAAAUCCGGUAGUCUCCGUCCAGGACCGCAACCCAUUCCGCCGAAACAAGGCACCGGAAACCCUGACAGACCUGCCCCUGCUGAGGACGGCAUUGUCGCUGCCGGGUAUGAGAGAGCUGUAGAUGACGAUGACGCUCGUUUCUGGCUCUACCUAUCCCGUGUCUCCCGCAAUGUGACAGAGGAGCAAAUCGCAAGACUUGCUGUCGAGCGUCUCGGAGUUGAAGACAUCAAAGUGAAGAGACUAGUGGCCAAAGGCAAAGAUGUCAGCAGAAUGAGAUUCAUCUCUUUCAAAGUUGGUGUGCAUACUGACCUUAAACACAAGGCUCUCGCUUCUACGACAUGGCCGAAUGGUCUCGUGUUCCGUGAAUUUGAAGAGCGCAACGUAGAAAUUUUUUGGGAGCCCUCACUUGCCGUCGUCAAGAAUCAGGAAAAUCCUCCUCCACCCCUGCUCUCGCCCUUAACGGAACCAACAACGCCGAUUUCGCCGCUGAAGUCUGCGCUGGCAUCAAUUCCAAUCAACACGGAGCAGGCUCAGCAGAAGGAAGAGGAAGUUCUGAAGAGUGCGCAGCUAAUCACGAACGGCACGGUGUCAACUUCAAGUCAAGAUGGUUCACCCAUGGAUCACCAGGCAGACUAA